GGCGGAAAGACCGGACGCGGAAGGCAGCUGAGGUCGUGAAAAGAAGACCGUGUAGAACUAAGGGUGGAGGGCUGGAAGAGCCGCCAAGCUUCCCGGAGCUUGGUUGCCAUGGCGGUAUAUGCCACAGCCACCAGAGGCCCGCAGCUGCUGCUGGUUCUGAGCGCCCUAGGACUCUUGGCCACGGGUGCUCCACAGCCCCCCAACAUCGUGCUGCUGCUCAUGGACGAUAUGGGCUGGGGUGACCUGGGUGUGUAUGGAGAGCCUUCCAGAGAGACCCCAAAUUUGGACCGGAUGGCUAUAGAGGGCAUGCUUUUCCCAAACUUCUAUUCUGCCAACCCAUUGUGCUCACCAUCCAGGGCAGCCCUGCUCACGGGACGGCUGCCUAUCCGCAAUGGCUUCUACACAUCCAACGCGCAUGCAAGAAACGCUUACACACCUCAGGAGAUCAUGGGUGGCAUCCCUAACUCAGAACUCCUCCUGCCUGAGCUCCUGAAGAAGGCAGGCUAUACCAGCAAGAUCGUGGGCAAGUGGCAUCUAGGUCACAGACCCCAGUUCCACCCCCUGAAACAUGGAUUUGAUGAGUGGUUUGGAUCCCCCAACUGUCACUUUGGACCUUACGACAACAAGGUCAAGCCCAACAUCCCCGUGUACAGGGACUGGGAGAUGGUCGGCAGAUUUUAUGAAGAAUUCCCAAUUAACCUGAAGACCGGGGAAGCUAACCUCACCCAAAUCUACUUACAGGAAGCUCUAGACUUCAUCAGGACUCAGCAUGCAAGGCAGAGCCCCUUCUUCCUCUACUGGGCCAUCGAUGCCACACAUGCACCAGUUUAUGCCUCAAGACCGUUCUUGGGUACCAGCCAUCGAGGGCGGUAUGGUGAUGCUGUUCGGGAAAUAGAUGACAGUGUUGGAAAAAUUCUGAGCCUUCUGCAGAACUUAGGCAUCAGUAAGAACACAUUUGCCUUCUUCACAUCUGAUAAUGGUGCAGCCCUCAUUUCUGCUCCCAAAGAAGGUGGCAGCAAUGGUCCCUUCCUGUGUGGGAAGCAGACGACAUUUGAAGGUGGGAUGAGGGAACCUGCGAUCGCAUGGUGGCCGGGACACAUUGCUGCAGGCCAGGUCAGCCACCAGCUGGGAAGCAUCAUGGACCUCUUUACCACCAGCCUGUCCCUUGCAGGCCUGAACCCACCUAGUGACAGGGUAAUUGACGGACUUAACCUACUCCCCACCAUGCUUCAGGGCCACAGGAUGGACAGGCCCAUAUUUUAUUACCGUGGCAACACACUGAUGGCAGUCACUCUUGGCCAGUACAAGGCCCACUUCUGGACUUGGACCAACUCCUGGGAGGAGUUCAGACAGGGCAUUGACUUCUGCCCUGGUCAGAAUGUCUCAGGAGUCACAACCCAUACCCAGGAAGAACACACGGAACUACCCCUGAUCUUCCACCUGGGACGUGACCCAGGGGAGAGAUUCCCACUCAGCUUUGCCAGUGAUGAGUAUCAGGAUGCUCUCAGCAGGAUCACCCCAGUUGUCCAGCAGCACCAGAUGUCCUUGGUCCCGGGACAGCCCCAGCUCAAUGUGUGUAACCAGGCUGUCAUGAAUUGGGCACCCCCAGGCUGUGAAAAAUUAGGAAAGUGUCUGACACCUCCUGAAUCUGUCCCUGAGAAGUGCUCCUGGCCCCAUUAGCCAAGAUCGGAAUCUCCAGCCAGCCCUGCAAGUGCCUAGAAGGCUUUGGCCUUGGGACUAAUGGGCGAAAGAGACCAGCUGUCCUCUGCCCGCCCACCACUGGCUGGAUGGCCUCUGCAGCCAGUAGCAAGGGUCCAAGACUGCAUAUACUGGAUGCCUGAUCCUGGAGUCUGCUCCCUAGCACUGCGGGCCAUCUUCCCAGCUGGCUAUUGAAAAAGUUAUUAGUGCCCUGUGGCCUUGACCAUGACCCAGUGCUGCAGCCCAGGGUCUGAAGGGCUGUCACUUUGUCUUCUCACUGUGCCUGCAUAUAUUUCAACCUUGGUGUCGUCGACAAAGGUGAAGAUUUCAGUGCUGUGCCAAGGAGCCAACAUCUACCUGGGCAUCAGUCCUCACCCCCAUGUCAACCCCCUGGAGUUUCCCUUCCUCUUUCCCUACUGCUGCAAACAAGAGACAAAGAUAUCUCAUUGUCUGGUCCAAGGUGAGGUCAGUCACUGCCCCCAAGAGACAGGAAGAUGCCAUUCUAAUUUCUGGCUCUGGCUCAGCACACUAUGGGACCACUUCUGUAGCUGCCUCCUGUCACCUGUCAUGUGCAGGCUCAUGGGAGUUGUCCGUCCUGAACAAGUUCUCUCAUCUGUGCAAUGACUUAGUGCCAAAGCUGAAUUGUGAAGGCUGGAAAAUGAUAAUGAAGAGAGCUUGAGGAAAUAAAUUCCCUUAUAAUAAAUAACA